GCGGUGAGACCUGAUCAGCGUUAGAUUAGUUCUAAUAAUCACUUAAAUAUAAAGAUUAUAAACAUUAUACAGCUCUUCUGCAUGAGGACAGGGAUCCGAGCGGGAUCCGAGAGGGAUCCGAGAGGAAGCUGAGCGAGAUCGGGCUGAUUUAGGAUUUUGGAGAGUUACAGGAGGAUUAUGGGAGCAACAUUAGGGACUUUCAGUUUCCUGCCGUGGGCUCAGUGUCUGUGCGGCGCUGCGGCCUGUGUCGCGUGUCCCUGCUGUCCCAGCAGUAAGAAUUCCAUAGUGACUCGCAUUAUUUACGCAUCGAUCCUGAUGAUGGACACCCUGGUCGCCUGCUUCAUGCUCGUACCCCACGUCGAGCGGCAGCUUAAACUGGAACGGUCGUUACACAUUACACAAGAUUCAUCAGUCUUGGACAAUUUUGUAUCUCUAAUUCACCUCACUUGCACAUCUUUGGACUGUGGGAAGAAACCGGAGCACCCGGAGGAAACCCACACGGGCACGGGGAGAACAUGCAAACUCCACACAGAAAGGACCCGGACCGUCCCACCUGGGGAUCGAACCCAGGACCUUCUUGCUCUCCCUGGAUUUUGUGAGGACGCUGGAGGGUUUAAUGUGUCCGGGAUCCAGGCGGACGCUCGGUGUGAGAUGUUUGUGGGCUACAAAGCCGUGUACCGCGUCUCGUUCGGCGUGAGCGUGAACUUUUUGGCUCUUUGUGUGUUGACCGUGAACGUAAAGAACAGCCGGGACCCCCGAGCAGCCGUUCACAACAGCUUCUGGUUUUUUAAAGUUGCAGCCAUAACAGCGCUCACCGUCGCUGCCUUCUACAUUCCAGAUGAGCCGUUUACUACAAUCUGGUUCGUGGUGGGGGUGGUCGGAGCUUUCGGCUUCAUCCUGAUCCAGCUGAUCCUGCUGGUGGAUUUCGCUCACAGCUGGAACGAGUCCUGGAUCGAGAAGGUGGAGAACGGGAGCUCCAGACUCUGGUCCUGCUUACUGAAGAGUGUAACGGGGCUGAACUACGCCCUGUCCGUCACGGCCGCCGCCCUCAUGUUCAGGUUCUACGCCCAGCCGGAGGAGUGUCACCUCAACAGGUUCUUCAUCAGCUUCAACCUGCUCCUCUGCCUCACAGCCUCACUCGUCUCCGUCCUGGCCAAAGUGCAGGCAUAUCAGCCCAGUUCUGGUGUCCCGCAGUCGUCCUUCAUCACCCUGUACACCAUGUACCUCACCUGGUCGGCCAUGACCAACGAACCAGAUGGACCCUGUAAGCCGAGCCUGAUCAGUACCGGUACCGCGGUGGCAGAGUCGGAAAACCAAACGGGCGUGGUUAUCGAGGAACCGGAUCACUUGCACCCGUACUUUCCGUGGUGGGACGGGCAGAGCGUGGUGGGACUGUUCCUGUUUGUGCUCUGUAUUUUGUACUCCAGUGUUCGUUCGUCCACUAAGAGUCAGAUGAACAAGCUGAUGCUGGGACCUAAAGAGACGGUGGUGAUGGAGGAAUGUUCUGUAGGAGGACGCGGAGGGACGGAAGCGGAAUCGGGACUCAGACGGGUGGCGGAUAACGAGAGGGGGGCCGUGCAGUAUAACUACGCCUACUUCCACUUCAUGCUGCUCCUGGCGUCGCUCUACAUCAUGAUGACCCUCACCAACUGGUGCAUGCCCAACGCUGAUUUUAAAGCUCUGAAGAUCAAGUGGGGUCCGGUGUGGGUUAAAAUCAUCUCCAGCUGGGUUUGUCUCCUCAUUUACACCUGGACCCUGAUCGCCCCCGUCAUCCUCACCAACCGAGACUUCACAUAAACAAACGUUUUAUAUUUUAAAGAAUUCAUGAUAUUUUCUUGUGCUUAAAUGUUACGUCACUUUCUGCACCGACCCACAAAUGCUGCAGGGAUUGAGGGUUCGAAUCCCUGGAGAAACAUUUUAAAUGUCAUUAGAUUUUAUAUGAUUUGUUUUUCUAAUGUUUAAUGUAAUUGCUGUAAUCUGGAGCGAUUAUAAUUACAUUUCCUCCAAUUUUUAUAUUUUUAUUCUGGAAUUAUAACAGAAAUCACCAAAGUAAUGUGGAAUGUUUGUGCCUUCACUGUAAAUGAUGAUUUUGUAUAAAUAACAUUUUAUAAACUGCUGCUGCAGCUUUUUUAUUUUUAUACUUUAAUGCUUAUGGACGUUCUGGUUUUCACUUUUUAUAAAAAUCAUGAUACAAACGCUGACUGAUCAAAGAAGAACAAAUUCUGGACAGUUUUAUACGAAUC